AUGUCUGGAACGAUGACACUUUGGCCAAUUGGUAGCCAAUCAACGAAUGUGACUGAUGAAGAGAGACAAUUUCGUCAGGUUGUUUUUGAGUUUAUCAAUCGAAUUGGCAAGGAGAUUAUAUUAUACAAUGACUAUGAAUCGAAUAUUAGUGAAAAUGAUUUUAAACACAUCGAACUUCAAGUCCAUGCGCAUCGCAUUGAAAAAGUGUUAGAUUUGUGUAUCGCAAAAAUUCGUUUAGUUUUUUAUCUUUCGAAUUUGAUUAAACAUCAAUACGAACAUUUGAAGUUGCUAUUUUCAGUGGACGAUGCACAGCUAAUCGAAGAGUUCACACAAAAGUGGUUCCAUUCGUCGAUUGAUGCAUCGAACAAUACGUUUGUAAUAGCUUUGAAUCAAUGCUUGGAUAUUUUACACAAUAAUGCGAAUGGAUGGCAGAAUAUGCCAGAAAGCGGUCAAAAUAUUAUGCUACUUUUGAGUGAGUUGAUGAAAAUCGCUCGACAUCGUAUUCAAAUGAGCGCUGCCACAGAAAUGGCACGACAGAAGGUAUUACAUCAGCACUGGGCGGAAAAUACCAAAAACGUACGACGAAUUCAUGAACUGCGCCGGGAAAUCGAAGAAGAUCAACUGAAAGUGUCCAAUAUUACAACGGUGAAACAGGACGAAGUCGAACGAUAUGAGUUUGAAAAGAGACGACUCCAUCAUAAGAAUAGCAUGAUUCUUAAUCGAUUGAUUAUUGAUUCAAAUAAAGCAAUGACCGAAAUAUGUGAAAUUGGAAAAUGUCAUCAAAAUGCGGCCACCGAAUCGGUACUGCGAGCCAAAGAAAUGUUUGACACCUUACGAAAGAACGAUAUGUGCGAGGAAAAUGAAGCGAUUCAAAAAAAAAUCGACUUGGAGCAUCAGCUAAAGGAUUUUUUGCAAGUUUAUGACCAUGAAAUCGGUGCACGCAAUGCAAAGCUAAAUGAAUGUAAGCUCAUUUUGAAACGGGAAACCAAUACACUUAACGCAUGGAAUGACAAAUACAAAACUCAGGAAAUUUUAUACAAUCAAAUUCUGGCCGAUAAAGAGGUUGAAGAAGAGAAAAGACGCGAGGAACGAAUUUUAUUAUUUAUGAUGAACCGUGUGGCACGCAUCAUUCAACGAAAUUAUCGAAAAUUAUUGGCUCAGCGAAAGGCCAAAAAGAAAGGGAAGGGCAAACGAGGUGGAAGAAAGAAGUAAUCAGCUGUAUUUCAAACUUGAACCAUAUUAUAAUCAAGCAUU